AAGAACUUGAAGAAAGUGGCAAAAAUUUAAAAGAACCUGAAGAAAGUAGUAGAACUUUUGAAAGAAAUCAAGAUGUCCCAGAAGUAACUAAGAUAAGUUUUAAUGAGCAAGAACUAGAAGAUAAUGAAAAGACUUCCAAUGAAAAUCAAGAUGAUUCAGAAAAAGAAAAAUAUACCUCUGAAGAAGAUAUCUUUGAAGAAGAUACUUCCAAAGAAGAUCAGAAAUAA